GUAAAUAAGAAUAAACAAUAAAAGGUUAACCGAAUACUCCAGCGUAAAGUCACCAACUCAAACAGUUACCUAACAUCACUUCUCUGUGUUCUGACCUUACAACACCCAAAUCCACGCCUCUCUUCAAGCCGCCCAACCAAGCUUUCUUACAUCAAUGGCGGAAACUGCUGACAACUCUCAAACUCUCGCUGAGCAAUACUAUGUGAAGGACAAACAAGAGAAAACAGAUAUAGUUGAAAAACCUGUUGCAGUUGAGGAAGUUGAAGAGCCAAAGGAGGCCGCUUCUGUCGAAGCUGUUGUUGAGAAAACUGUAGAAGAAACAAAUCCUGUUGCCCCUGUGGUUGCUGAAGAAAGCAGUGAAGUUGCCCCUCCUGNUGAAGAGAACACUCUAGAGCCAAGUAGUGAAAGUGUUCAAGAAGAAAAUUCUGGUGAUCAAGAGGAAGCUGAAGAGAAACCUGAAAUUAAGCUUGAGACCGCUCCAGUAGAUUUCCGUUUUCCAACUACAAAUCAAACAAGGCAUUGCUUUACCCGAUACAUUGAGUAUCAUCGAUGUGUAGCUGCAAAGGGAGAAGAUGCACCAGAAUGUGAUAAGUUUGCUAAGUAUUAUCGCUCUCUUUGCCCUGGCGAAUGGAUCGACAGAUGGAACGAGCAACGCGAGAAUGGAACAUUCCCAGGUCCAUUGUAGAUGGGAAUAUGUCAGAUAGAUGCGCAAUUCACUUGCAGUAUUACAAACUUCCAAACAUUUCGGGGAAUGUUCAAUGUUGUUACCCAUUGGGUUAAUAAGAAAUUUUGCUUUUCUUUUUAAACCAGCUUGAGUUGUAAAAUUUCAGGAAUGCGUCUGGUGAAAUGUCCAGAGAUAUGCAUUAUUAUUUACUGGAUUUUUAACAGAGGAAUUGCUGUUAGGCUUUCUGGUAAGAACCCAAGAAUUUGAUUUCAAGGA